GUAAAAAAUUUUCACAAAAUUCUUUUGCAUUGGCUAAAAUAUUGUUAAAACCGAUUAACACAAAAACAAACAAACGACGGUGGUAAUUUCGGGAUUUCGAAUCGAAUGUGCUAUGGCCAAUCAAAAUGGGCAAUUAAUUUUGCAGGCGUUGCAAACGCUAGAAGAGCCCGCAACAGUAAUGAAAAUCGUAACACAUAUCGCCGACACAGCUGGCGUUCAUCCUAAUGAUGUUAAAGAAUCGGUGCAGGAGACGUUAAAUGGCGGCGUACGUUACGGCUACAUACAACGCGCCAAUCGUAAAUAUUAUGCGGCACCUGUUGACUUGGACACUAUUGCUGGAGGGGAGGGCAGUGAUCCGGAAGUGGAAACUAACAAGGAUGAUACAAAGCAAACUGGCGAAAUGGAAGAUCGUGGCGGUAGGCGGCGCAGAAGACGUGCAAGUCGUAGUCGCAGUCGGAGCCGACGUGGCUCCCGACGUCGCCGUCGUCGUUAAGCCAUUUUUGACAAA